AUGCCCUCAUUGCUGAAGUACGUGUGCAAGCUGAAGACCGUGCUGAUCUUGUUCUGCACCCCCAUCCUGUUGCUGCCACUCAUCUUGGUGGUCCCAGGAAAGGCUGUCAGAUGUGCCUAUGUCAUCCUCCUCAUGGCCAUCUACUGGUGCACGGACGUCAUCCCCAUGGCCAUCACCUCUCUCUUGCCUGCCUUGCUCUUUCCACUCCUGAAGAUAAUGGGCUCCAAGCAGGUGUGUGUCCAGUAUAUGACAGACACCAACAUGUUGUUCGUGGGCAGUAUGAUUGUGGCCGUGGCUGUGGAGCGCUGGAAUCUGCACAAGAGGAUUGCUCUGAAAACAUUGCUCAUAGUGGGAGCCAGGCCCACACGUCUGAUGAUGGGCUUCAUGGGUGUCACAGCCUUCCUGUCUAUGUGGAUCAGCAACACGGCAACCACAGCCAUGAUGGUGCCCAUUUUAGAGGCCAUGCUGAGGCAGAUGGAAAUGACAACUGCAGCUGUAGAGAAGCCAACCGAGAUGGAGGAAAGGGGCAGAGGCAGUGAGUUGCCAGGCCUUGGGCACAGCUUUUAUAGCCACUCUGCAGAGAAGGCAAUGUCCACGGAGAAAAAGAAUAUGUACAAGGCCUUGAACCUGUCUGUGUGCUACGCAGCCAGCAUUGGGGGAACAGCCACGCUGACGGGGACGGGACCCAACGUGGUGCUUCUGGGCCAGAUGCAGGAAUUAUUUCCUAAUAGCAAAGAUGUCUUGAACUUUGCCUCAUGGUUCGCAUUUGCCUUCCCCAACAUGCUGCUCAUGCUGUCGUGCAGCUGGCUGUGGCUCUACAUCUUUUACAUGAGAUCUAGCCUGGGCAGGAAAGUCUGUAUGUGCAUGGGGAGAAAGACGAAGGAGGGCGAAACAGCAGCCUACCUUGUGCUAGAGGAGGAGUACCGUAAACUGGGGGCCUUGUCCUUCCCCGAGGUCAGCGUGAUGCUGUGCUUCCUCCUGCUCAUCGUCCUGUGGUUCACCCGAGACCCUGGCUACAUGAACGGCUGGCUGUCCAUUGCUUGGAUAGAAGGGGAGAAGAAGUAUUGCACAGAUGCCACAGCAGCUGUCUUUGUGGCUGUCUUGCUAUUUGUUUUUCCUUCAAAGAUGCCCAAUUUUAACAUCUUCAACAAGUCUGAAGCAGACAAGAAAACCCCAUUUUACCCCCCAGCACUGCUGGAUUGGAAAGGGGCGCAGCAGAAAAUCCCUUGGGGCAUUGUGCUGCUCCUUGGGGGUGGAUUUGCUCUGGCAAAAGGAUGUGAGACCUCAGGCCUCUCUGAGUGGAUGGGGAAGCAGCUGGAACCCGUGGGGGUACUGUCUCCAACCCUCAUCACCUUGGUCUUGGCAUUACUCGUGGCCAUGUGUACUGAAUGCACAAGCAACGUGGCCACCACCACCCUGUUCCUACCCAUCUUCGCCUCCAUGGCUCGCUCCAUUGGCAUCAAUCCACUGGUGGUCAUGCUACCCUGCACACUGAGCGCAUCCUUUGCCUUCAUGCUGCCUGUGGCCACCCCACCAAAUGCUAUCGUGUUCUCCUACGGACAUGUCCGGGUUUCUGACAUGAUGAAAACCGGAGUCAUGAUGAAUAUAAUUGGAAUCUUCUGUGUGCUUUUGUCUGUCAACACCUGGGGACGGCCCAUAUUUGACUUGAGUCACUUUCCUGAGUGGGCUAAUUUGACAUCCACUGACACUUAG